UCGACAGUGGGCCCGAACUUAUCACAUUUGAUAAACCCAAGUGGUAAAACCGCCAAGGUACAAUCUCUAACCAAGACGCUGGCGCUCACUUGAAAGCAUGAUGUCGGAGGACAAAAGGAGCCGUGAUGCACCGUCAGAUCUUUCCGAGGGCGGUGUUACUGCUUCUCACAGUAUUGAGUCGCUGGAGCCGAGAAACUCCCUGACCGGCGCCAUGUUCCUUUAUUGGGUUGUCCCAGUUCUAUUGUUUGCAGUUUUCAGUCGACUGACGGUAGACACAAACGUUGGCACUGUCAAAACGAAACCUUUAAAGUCGAUUCCUAUCCAGCUCGAUCAGGACUAUAUCGAUUCGACACCAUCGGUCAGGCCGACCCAAGCACCCAUCCCAGUUCGGCAAGCCGAUAAUCCUUCCUUACCAUCCCGGUGGCCCACAUCGUACCGCGCAACAAUAGAGAAAAUUGAACGUCGUCGUCCACACUGGAAAAACAAGCCCACUUUGUCUCCGUCUGCUCAGCCUUCGGCAGCCGACAGCAAAAAAUUGGAGGACACCGUUACUUCCUCACCGCUGCCUAAUGGUCGCAACGCUGGUGGCCGUCCUCGGGGCCGGGCAUCGGACCCGAACCGUCUCAUGAUCAUCGAAAAGAUUGAUGCAAUGAGACAGGACGUUGUAGAUGACCCUGCCGAUAUUUACAAGGCGAUUGAAUUUGCGGACGCCUUGCGUUUCUACGAUCUACAGUACCGGGAAGGUGGUACUUAUGAAACGGAAGCAAUUGACACUUACAACAAAGUAGUUGGUCUUGUGGUAGCCAAACGGAAUAAGCUGGUUGCUGCAAAUCAACCGACCAAUGUUUCCUUGAAUGGUUCGCGAACGAAGUCCGUGAGCGACGAAGUCACUCUGGACUAUGCCUCAAAGAGCGCUGACGGCCUCGUUUGUGCUGUAUACACGGCGCUUGGGAAAGUCUACUACAUGGCCAACAUGUUUGAACGAGCGGCGAAGAGUUACACGGAAUGUCUAGAAAUUGCACCAAGCUACUUGGAUGCGGUUAACGCACGCGCGUCAACGAACAUUAUCUUGGGCAAGUACGCUGAGGCUGGUGCCGAUUUUUUGAAAGUCGUUCGGGAGGAUGAACAACGAUUGUUUCCAGAUUCUUUCUCCGGAAUUGCUCGUGUACUCGAAGCACAAGAGGAUGCGAUUCCUGGAGGGUGGGGGCCAGUAGUUGAGUUGCUGGAUCAAUUAAUUCCUUCUUUUGAAGCACAAUGGGCGUCUGCCCCGCCCCAGACAAAGCAAAUUUUCGGGAAUGGUCUCAAUCGAUUCCAUCAUUCGCUCUUCACCUAUCACGACAAGAAGACGAAAGCAUAUUCCGAGGCAUGGCAUCAUCUCACCGAAGCAUACCAGUACAAAAUGGCAAAUUUACCUGUUUGGCAGUCAGGGCAAGAGUCGACAAAAUCAUUCCAGACCAAGCAAAUUUUCAAGCCAGGAUUCUGGUCCCCGGGAGUAGGCAGCGAGACCGAGACGCCAAUCUUCAUCAUUGGCUUUGUCCGCAGUGGGUCAACUCUUCUCGAACGAAUAUUGGACGCCCAUCCAAAAAUUGUUGGCACCGGCGAAAAUUCUGUCUUUAACGGACGCCUUGACGAUAUUCGCAAUAAGAUUGUUCAAGUCAGUAUGGGUGGGCGGCGCGAGCAGCUGGGGGAAGUCACUAGACGGCUGGCGGAAGAAGUCGUCGAUGGCAUGCGAAAGCGUUGGCGAAUUUUGCAAGCUACCACAGAAACGAGCGGAGUUAGAGACGACAUCCCACUGCGAUUUGUGGAUAAAAUGCUCACCAACUACUAUAAUGUCGGCUUCAUUCAUCUACUGUAUCCAAAAGCCUUGAUACUUCACGUUUACCGCAAUCCAAUGGAUACGAUCUUUUCGGCUUACAAGCAUGAAUUUCCGAGCGGUACGUUGGACUACACAUCCGACUUUGACGCUCUAGCCGAGCUUUAUCACUCGUACCGUGACAUUAUCGACCAUUGGGACGACGCUCUGCCGGGACGCGUAACACACGUCCGCUACGAGGACAUGGUUCAAGAUAUGCCCGGUAUGGCAAGGGCGAUCAUCGAUGCCACCGGUUUGCCCUGGGAUGACAGCGUUCUGCAAUUCCACAAGCAGAAGCACGCAGUCAAUACUUUAUCCACCACACAGGUGCGCAAGGGAAUCUAUAAGGACAGUUUGAAAUCAUGGGCGAAGUACGAGAAUGAGCUUCAGCCAAUGGUACAACUGAUUGGCGGGCGUGUCCACUUCAAUAUAAAAGCAACGCUGCAACCUGUUCCGACUAAGGAGGAGUUGUGA